AUGUCUCCACUGGCAUUACUGGUAGCUGUUUGGCUCAGUCUUGCCGCUGCACUAAACAUUUCACACCCUCAUACGGUUGUAGAGCGGCAAAUGAAACAGUUUAUUUUCGUUGACUACAACGAAGCCUUCCCGAAUAUGAAAAUCGAUGUCAGUUGCGAUGAUACGAAGAAAAAGAUACUAAAAACAGCUUGGAAAGAGUCGAAGUUACUCGCAAAGGCACAGACAAAGCAUGUUAAAGGCUAUGACUACGACUUAGUACAUAGAACGUGGUUAGGCGAAGAUUGGAACAGAACAUUAGACUUUGGUUUACCCAACGCAAUAGACAUCAACAACCGAACACGAUCUAUCAGCAAAGCGUUUAAGAGAAUAAAACUGCUUUACGCCGGUGUUAUGAAAAGCAACACGGAAAUCUUGUGGUGGUGCCAGGAUCCAGAUGAUCGUUGUGAGCCAGACUCGAGAGGGUUAGCCACUAUAGCGGAGACAUGGCUAGACAAAAAAAAAGGUUCAACGGAUUCGAAGCAUCACACAGUGUGGUGUGAGGAGUUCUUAAAAAGAGAGACACUAGGAGAACAGGUUGCUCGAUACGAUCAGAACAAGCCGGAGCAGCAUGUCAUAGACAAUUUUGAGGAGAAUACCGCGGUAACAAUGUUCCACGAGACCUUUCACUUCCCUUACCUAGUAAGCUGGCCACGUAUUAAAGACUAUACAGAUGAUUCUGAUUCGGCUUACCAAAUGGCCGAAGUUCUGGGCACAACCAAGGCUUACAGAAAUGCGCACUCGUAUGCUAUGGACGGACUGGCCAUUUAUAUCCAGCAGAAAUUCCAGCUUGAUAGUCCGCCUGCUCCGAGAUGGGUGAUAGAGGGAACGAAGCCACCGGCAUGGAAACUAAUUGAUCAGCGCGUACCUUGA